CCAGGGCCGUCCCCCCUGCAGGGGGCAGAGUGCAGAACUCACCCCCUGUUGGCAGGAAAGCGGUGCCCCCUGCCCCGGCCCCCGAGGCAGCGGGGGUGACCCCAGCAGAGAGCGGGGGCCCCGAGGACCCCCCGGCCAGAGGGCUCUCGGUGAGGCUGGAGUUUGACUACUCGGAGGACAAGGGCAGCCAGGACAGCGCUCAGGACACUGCCCCUGCCCCCAAGAAGCUGGGCAAAAAGCCAGGCGCCAGAAUGCCCCUCCGGAGGCCGAAGGUGAAGAAAGGCCCCGAGAAGCUGGACAGCACCCCGGCCUCGCCCCCCCGAUCCCCCGCGGAGCCCGGUGACAUCCCUGUCGCCAAAGGCUCCUACACCUUCGACAUCGACAAGUGGGACGACCCCAGUUUCAACCCUUUCUCCUCCACCUCGAAAAUGCAGGAGUCCCCCAAACUGCCCCCGGCCGGGCCGGGGCCGGGCGCGGACACUGGAUGGCUCCCCUCCUCCUCGCAGGACCCCACGCCCGCGGCCACGCCGGAGACGCCGCCAGUGAUCUCGGCCGUGGUCCACGCGACGGACGAGGAGAAGCUGGCCGUCACCGGCCAGAAGUGGGCGUGCGUGACGGUGGACCUGGAGGCGGACAAGCAGGACUUCCCGCAGCCCUCGGACCUGUCCUCCUUCGUCAGCGAGACCAAGUUCAGCUCCCCCACCGAGGGUAAGCCCCCGGGGACCCGCCCAGGGGACAAAAGGCCGGGAAACCCCGUUGGCGGGGCUCAGGGACGGAGCGUCCACCUACGCACCAGGAGGUCAGGGUUUGAGUCCCAGUCAGGGCACAACCGGGGUCUGGCCGUAACGCCCGUGGCAGAGCCCGGGGAGCAGGAGGGUUACCGGUGUCCGGGCUGGAACCUCUGGGUGAACAGGCCGCCCGGCCGAUGUCUGUGGGGUUUGCAACGAGAAGACAGAGGUGCCCUUUGCUUCCUCAGGUCGAGCUUCGAGGAGGCUGAAGCCCUGGUGAACGCGGGGGCCAAGGUCCCCCAUCUGGUGCCCCGAGGGCUGGCCCCCGCCCAGGAGCCGCACGUGCCGGUGCCGGAGAAGCCCGCCCAGGAGCUGGAGGCCAGGGCUGUGGGCGCCGCCGCCGAGGCGAUCGAAAUCAGAGAAGCCGCUCACCCAGCCGAUGUCUCCAUCUCCAAGUCAGCCCUGUACUCCCGCAUCGGGGCCGCGGAGGCCGAGAAGCCCCCCGGCCUCCUGUUCCAGCCACCGGACCUCGACGCCGCGCUGCAGGUCGCCCGGGCAGAGGUCCUCGCCAAGGAGAGAGAGGUCUCCGAGUGGAAGGAGAAGUACGAGGAGAGCCGGCGCGAGGUCAUGGAGAUGAGGAAGAUCGUGGCCGAGUACGAGAAGACCAUCGCGCAGAUGAUAGAGGACGAGCAGCGGGAGAAGUCGGUCUCCCACCAGACGGUGCAGCAGCUGGUGCUGGAGAAGGAGCAGGCCCUGGCCGACCUGAACUCCGUGGAGAAGUCCCUGGCCGACCUCUUCCGGAGAUACGAGAAGAUGAAGGAGGUGCUGGAGGGCUUCCGCAAGAAUGAAGAGGUGCUGAAGAAGUGCGCCCAGGAGUACCUGUCCCGCGUGAGGAAGGAGGAGCAGAGGUACCAGGCCCUGAAGGUGCACGCGGAGGAGAAGCUGGACAGGGCCAAUGCUGAGAUUGCCCAGGUCCGGGGCAAGGCCCAGCAGGAGCAGGCCGCCUCCCAGGCCAGCCUGCGGAAGGAGCAGCUGCGGGUGGACGCCCUGGAGAGGACGCUGGAGCAGAAGGUAACGGGCUGGGGGCGUGGCCUCCAGCGGGCAGGCCGGCCAGACCACGGGGUACUGGGCUGAGGAACGGUCCGUUUUCAGCCUCAUUAAAUUCUCGGAAAGAGAGACGUCGUCAUCCACCUCUUAGAGAGGGAACCAGGCUCACCAGGCUCAGAGAGGGUGUGUCUUUUGCCCAAGGCCACACAGCUAGAGCCAGGAUGUAGAAAACUGGGCUCUAACUCAUUUCUCAGGGGGACCGAGAGGUCGGAAGGUCUCUUAAAAUCCAAUGACCGCCCGACCGGCG